AGAAAAUGUUUGGUAAUUAAAUCAUUGCAGUCGGUUUCAAACCUUUAUCUUUUUUUGGUUAAUGAAGCUAAAUAAUUGCCUUAGAAUUUGGUGGAUUAAUUUAUGAAAUCAUUUAAGAAUAAUUUAUGAAUGUAAUUUACACAACCCUCUCCCUGUUUUUUGUAUGUACCACUCAGGGAUGCAUAUGCAAAUAGGAAAUGACAUAUGUAUGAACUGGCAAGGUGAACAUUAUUACAAUCUCCAGUGAAUUUUAAUGUUUGUGUGUGUGUCCAUGUGUAUGUGGUUUCUCCACAGGCUGGGUUGGUGUAAUCUCACAGAGGGCUGCUGUGAUGUUCUGGCCUCAGUCUUGCGUUCUCCUCACUCAGAGCUGAGUGAUCUGGAGCUGAGAGACAACGAGCUGCAGGAUUCAGGAGUGAGAGCGCUCUCUGCUGGACUGGAGGACCCGCACUGUAAACUGCAGAGACUGGGGCUGUCAGGCUGUAGAGUCACACAGAGAGGCUGUGAUUCUCUGGCUUCAGCUCUGUGUUCAAACCCCUCACACCUGAGAGAGCUGGACCUGAGAUACAAUCACCCAGGAGACUCAGGAGUGAGAGCGCUGUCUGCUGCUAAACUGGACACACUCACACUGCUUGUGGAACAUGGUGGAGAGAACAGGAUGAAACCAGGACCCAGGAAAUACGGCUGUCGGCUCACACUGGAUCCAAACACAGUGAACAGAAGGCUGUCUCUGUCUGAGGGGAACAGGAAGGUGACAUUCACACCGAGGAGAGAGGAGCCAUAUCCUGAUCAUCCAGAGAGAUUUGAUUCUGUGUUCCAGGUUCUGUGCAGAGAGAGUGUGUGUGAGCGCUGUUACUGGGAGGCUGAGUGGAGUGUGUCUGAGAGGGGACGGGUUUAUAUAGCAGUGACAUAUAAAGGAAUCAGCAGGAAAGGAGGGGGUGAGGACUGUUGGUUUGGAUGGAAUAAAAACUCCUGGAGUCUGGAGUGCUAUAAACACAGUUACUCUGUCUGGCACAAUAAGAACCCCACAGACCUACCUGCCCCCCCCCCCUACCACAGAGCAGGAGUGUGUGAUGAUGGUGCUGGUGCAGGAGUGUGUGUGUACAGGGUAGGAGUGUGUGUGGACCGUCCGGCUGGCACUCUGUCCUUCUACAGCGUCUCUGACUCUGACACACUGACCCUCCUGCACACAUUCCACACACACUUCACUCAACACACACCCCUCUGUGCUGGGUUUAGAGUGGACUGGUGGGGCUCAGUGUCCCUCUGCCAACUGGAGUAGAGACACACACACCCCUCCACCCCACACACACACACACACACACACUGUGGCACCCCACGGGGAGAGAGAGGCAGAGAGAGCAGGAAUAAGUGUGUCCAAAAUUACAUUUUAAUUUGAAUAAAUACACACACAUUUUAAUAAAUUUUAAUAAAAUACAGGGAAAAAAAUCACAGGCCAAAAAAUUAGGUACACCUAGGUUAGGCCCUCUCUGAAUUCCGUGGCUCUGUCAGCCCGUCUGUAUCUGGGGCGGCCCGUCCUAUCCGCGCCUUUCCUGGCACGGAGAUCCACGCCCCGCUUUGUCGCCCGGUUCUGCGUCGUUGGCUGUUUCUCGUGCGUGCUGGCUCCGCAUCCGUCUCCCUUACUGCUCAGCCCCGUUCUGUGGUUGUGCCCGGCCUUUUGUAGGGCUCCUCUCUCUCUCUCCAACUCGUCCCAGCUGCGCCUGUCCAAUCAGAGCCUUAGAGUUCACUGCCCACAUUCCCCACGCGCCUUUCCUCCGGUGCUGCUGGCCUUGGUGCUGAUCCUCCACCGGCUCUCUCCACGGUGCUGACCUGUCAAGACACCAAUUCAGGAAAUAAACGUUGUGAAGUAUUUUCCCCAGCAUUUGGCGUUGGAGCACGUGUCGUCUCUCUCCCGUGGUGUACCGAUUCCUGAUCGGGCCGCCACAACACACACACACUCACACACACACACACUCACACACACACUCAUACACACACACUCACACACACACACACUCACACACACACUCACACACACUCACACUCACACACACACACAUACACACACUCAUACACACACUCAUACACACACACACACUCACACACACUCACACUCACACUCACACACACACUCACACACACACACACACACACACACACACACACUCACACACACACACACACACACACUCACACACACACACACACACACACACACACACACUCACACACACACACACACACUCACACACACACACACACACACACACACACACACACUCAUACACACACUCACACUCAUACACACACACACACACACACACACACAC